AUGUCUGACGGAGAGGUCAACCGCAACACAAUCGAGGGGCAGACCACCGGCACCGGUGCUCCCAAGGAGACGUUCGGAUCCGGACGCGCUGCUCAAUCAGAAGCCGGCAAGAAGGCAAACCGCUCUGAGGAGGCUCUGAAGGAGGCUGGCCGCAAGGCAGCCCGCACUCGUGCAGAGCGUUAUGGUGAGGAGCUGAAGGUCUCUGCCCCAGAGAAUGAUGACCUGCAGGGCACCAAGACCACUGCCUCUUGA